UCGACAAGCGACCGCCGUGGACAAAAGAACGCCAGCAAACGUAGCGCAGCGCACGGAUAUAUAGCUCAAUACCUAUAGCUUACUACCAGAUACUAUACUGCACACUGAUAUACCUACACACACGAUUUAUAUUUGAAAAUCAGAAGCGCGCGAGGGCGUCACUUACACAUACAACAUAUAUAUAACAACAUAUAGAUAUAGCCGCCGAUCGACCCGACCAGCGAACAUAUAGAAAGCGUUGGUUAUUUUUUUGCCGUCUUAUUUUAUUGUGACAAGACAAUCGCGACAAGUGUUUAAAAAUAGUUCUUGCCCAGCUAAACUCCCCGCCAAAGUAAACUAAGCCCAAACUAAAAACAGCAACAAUAUGGUCGAGACCGUGGUCAAUAUUGAGCGUACAACAACAACAACAACGAAUGGACCGCCCGGUGGUCCAAAUCCGACCGUUGGAGGCGAUAACACCUUCUUGGGCGGCACCCGUCUAAACGUCGACUAUUUCCGCACCGUUCCAGGCAUUCUCAAGAUUAUCCAAUUUGUGUUUGGCAUAAUCUGCAUGGCCCUGGCUGCUCCGCCUUUGACCUCGGCCACAUCGUUCUUCAUGUUUGUGAUCGUGCUCUCGUUCAUUAUAAACAUUCUGCUGAUCUUCGCCUACUUCCUGGGCAUACGUGAGUCCCUUAACGUGGCCGUCAACUGGAUAUUCGCGGAAUUAAUUACCACCGCCGUGCUGACGCUACUGUACUUCAUCGGAUUCAUUGUUCAGUUGGCCAGAUGGUCGGAUGCCACGGGCUUUGCUUCCGGUUCUAAUACUGCUGCCGGAGUCUUUGGACUGUUCAAUUUCCUGGCCUAUGCGGCGGGCACUUACUUCCUGUUCCUCGCCCACAGGUCCGGGGCCACCCACUAAGUCCGCGAAACUCAAUGCUGGAUCUUAGAGUAGAAUAUUUUCUAAUUGUUUAAAGAAUAAGUGCAGAUCGCGUACUUGUAAUUUGUAAUUUGUAAUUUCGCCUCAACCUUUUUUUUUUCCUUCAACGUAUUUCUGUUUUUUGUUGUUAAUUUAUGCGAGGACACAUGCAAAUGGACUUGAUGUGUUUUUAAUGUUACUUUAAAUGCCUAACUAACGUUUAAGUUUAAACCCACCCGCACAAGGACACAUCUACGAAAAUGACUAGGGUAGGCGCCACAAAGAAACUAAAUAUAUUUAGUAUAUGAUUAUAUCAUUUCAGUUCUUAUGUCAAAAGGUUUUUUUUUUCCAAUUCUUACGACUUACUCAAUACAUACUUUGGUUUUGUUUUUGAUUUGAAUGAUUAAGUGUGACAAAGUAGGCUCAGAUUUAACCUUCAUUUUGUUAUAGUUUCAUAUAGUUAAGGGCUAGACUGCUACGAGAAGGUUAGCCAAAUAGGAGAGUCUUUGUGAAAGCGGUCCACCCUAGUCAAUACACACAUCAUGCACCGAAAAACACAAACACGCGGAGAAAUCAAAACAAGAGCGCAACAAAGAUUUAAGUUCAAUAAAUUAUUUGUAUUUUCUCAA